GAAGCAACAAGCUACCGAACCAGCAGCAACAGCUAGCCGCCCGCCAGCAGCUAUCUCCGUGGGGGACGAGGCGUAUUAACAUGCAAAAGUUUAGAAACACGGAUUCCUUGUCCUAAGCAGGCACAAGAGUGACGUUCGGCGCAACCCGAGACGGCUGUGGAAACCAUGGGUCACGUCGGGCUCUCGUAAUAGAUAGUUAUUUGCGUUAUUUAGUGCUUCAAAUGUGCGAAAAGUCGCUCGGUGUGUCCUCGUCGUUGAACAAGAUGGCAGCAGCAGCAGGAGCAGGACCGUUGCAGGGAUCGACUGUGGUGCGGGUCCUCGUUGCUAGCCAGCUCUUUCACACCCUGGGCGAUACGAUUUACUGGUUUUGUUGAAGGUAUGGCCUCACAAGUCUUGGUCUACCCAUCACAGAUGCACUCAGCUCAAACAAGUGCCUUAGGAACCAGCAGUAGUGGUACCAGCAGACAUAUAGGUGAAGCCCACCGCAGUAAUAACACCAGCAGAGCCUUUCAGCACCGACCACCACCCAAAACCUAUGUGAUCGGAGUCAACUACGGUAUUGCAUAUCCCAACAACGUUGUCCCAUCCUCAGUCGGGGCUGAUUCAGGGAGACUGCACGCAGGAAUACAGCUCGGAGAAGGGGGGCUGUGGGCAUUGCAGACUGCAGGAAUACAGAGUGAAGAGAACCUAGCAGAAGGUCCAGCUCAGACCCAGGAUCAGCAGUCUCUUUGCCAGAGCAGAGGCCCACAAGAAGUGAGGCUUUAUAGGGACAGUGGUGGUACUCCAGCAGGAGGAGACCUGGACUGUGGGCUGCUGAGUAGGGCCUGUAUCAGAACGCAAGAGGACGGUGGUAGAAACAGAAGAGUACCGAGGCCAGGAGGAUACACCAAACUUUUAGACACAGCUGCCAUCCAGAAAUGUGAAAAGAAGACAGGUGAAAGUGGAGAACAACUGCAGGGAAACAACUGUGUCGGAACCAUGCAGAUAGUGGAGGAGGUAUCUGCUCUGCCUUCACUUCCUCCUCCGGUGGCCAUGUUGCAAACCAACACUGGGAACUUUGCAGACACUGUCAGAUUAGGAGGUGGAGGGAUGCCUGCUCAACACAACAGGGUGGAAGGUGUGACAGACAUUGGAAUCAGGGUGGAUGGAACUGAAAUCAGGCCAAAUGGCAGUAACGAGGCAGUGGCUGGAGCUACAGUGACUAGAGCUGGGUCAGGAGAUGGUGACUACCAGUUAGUUCAGCAUGAGGUUCUGUGUUCCCAGAAGAACAGCUACGAGGUUUUGGAGUUUCUGGGUCGUGGCACCUUUGGCCAGGUGGUAAAGUGUUGGAAGAGAGGAACAAGUGAAGUGGUGGCUGUUAAAAUACUGAAGAACCAUCCGUCUUAUGCACGCCAGGGACAGAUUGAGGUUGAGAUAUUGGCACGGUUGAGCAGUGAGAAUGCAGAGGAGCACAAUGUGGUGCGUGCUUUGGAGUGCUUCCAGCACCGCAGCCACACCUGCCUGGUGUUUGAGAUGUUGGAGCAAAAUCUGUAUGACUUUCUUAAACAGAACAAGUUCAGCCCACUGCCACUCAAAAUCAUCAGGCCUAUUCUGCAGCAGGUGGCAACAGCCCUAAAGAAGCUCAAGUCUUUGGGUUUGAUUCACGCCGACCUGAAGCCAGAGAACAUCAUGCUGGUUGACCCCUCCAGACAGCCCUACAGAGUCAAAGUCAUUGAUUUUGGCUCAGCCAGCCAUGUCUCCAAGGCUGUCUGCUCCACUUAUCUGCAGUCCAGAUACUACAGGGCUCCAGAGAUUAUUUUGGGCCUGCCAUUUUGUGAGGCCAUAGACAUGUGGUCGCUGGGAUGUGUGAUAGCUGAGCUCUUCUUGGGUUGGCCUCUCUACCCUGGAGCGCUGGAGUACGACCAGAUCCGGUACAUCUCUCAGACUCAAGGCCUGCCUCCCGAGCAACUGCUCAACAAGGGGACCAAGACCUCUCGUUUCUUCUCCAAAGAAUCAGAUUCUCCCUAUGCAUCGUGGAGACUAAAAACAACAGAGGAGCAUGAGAAAGAGACAGGACUUAAAUCCAAAGAGGCCAGAAAGUACAUCUUCAGCUGUCUGGAUGACAUAGCCCACGUGAACUUGGUGCUGAGUCCUGAUAACGCUGACAUGCAAGCAGAGAAGGCAGACAGGCGGGAGUUUGUGUCUCUGCUUAAGAGCAUGCUGUUGAUCGAUGCCGAGGACAGGACUGUUCCCACCAGUGUCCUCAGUCACCCCUUCCUCACUAUGACUCAUCUUCUGGACUACCCUCACAGCAACCAUGUGCAGUCAUCUUUCCGCAUCAUGGACAUGUGCCACACUCGGUCCAGCAAUGCAGUUUUUGACGCUCUCAACCAGAACACCAUUCAUUUCUCCAGGCCACCUCUAGCUCCCACUGCCUCCUCUGGCCUCCUGGGCUACAGCAACAUACCAAUCCACACUCAGGCUAUCACCCAGUCGGCUCCAUCAGUGUUGCAUCCGGGGAUAGCUCUGACAACCGGAAAUGGUCAGUUUGGGUGCAGUGACUCAUUCCCCCCUGCCCUCCUUCUUUGUCCUCCAACCAUGCAAGGCAACCUUAAUCAGCCAGCAGGUUAUUCUGUCCCCAUGGCAACUCAGGCACCUCCUAUACAACCCUUACCUGUGAGGCCUGGUGUAAUAGCUCAGCAGGCCUGGUCUAACCGGGGGCAGCAGCUCCUUGUCCCAGCAGCCUGGCAGCAGAUGACUCCAGUAGGGCCUCCUCCCUCUCACCCACCACCACCACCACCAUCCUCCCUAACCAACGACACCACAGCUGGACCUCAGCGAAUCAGCGACUGGGGGAAAGUGCGUCCACACAACAGCCACUAUAACGCAGUGAUCAAACAACCUCUUCUGACUAAUCAGAUGCCAGCGCUCUCGGCCCAUCAGCCGAUCAACAUCGGCAUAGCGCACGUUGUGUGGCCACAGCCAACCAAUAAAAGGAACAGGCACAGUCACAACAGGAACCUGUCUCACUCCAGCAACGUCCACAUCACUGGAUGUCGGACCCCCAAAAUGGCUGAUGCUGUUGAACAGGCAGUGGCAGGAAGGGAGCAGCCUCAAAGGGAGGUGCCUUUAGUGGAAACCAGGCAACCGGAAGUUCAAAACACAGAUGAGGAUGAUGAUGAUGCAGAGGAGGAAGUGAGCUGCUUCAAAGAGGUGGCGACGAACGCUAAUAGAGAGUCGGACUUGCUCAGGCAGCGAGAUGUGGCGGUUCUGAUGGCCGACACUGACGGGAGCCCCACGCCCAGCGUUAUCAGCAUCCGCAGUGAUCUGACAGAUGCAGAGGAUGAGGGUGGGGAGGAACAACCACUGAGGUGCCGUCUGAAUGAGUGCAAAGAGAAGUGUGUGUGUGAGGCUUGUGGAAACACCAGUUUGUCUAUGGAGAGAGUGUGCUCACUGAGCAGCCCCGACAGCAGCCUCAGCACCAGUUCGUUUGCCUCCAACUCUCUUCAGUCCAGCCCUUCAGUCUCACCAUGCAAGAGAGCCAACAGCAUGUCUGAGGAUGAUGGUCACGAGAGCGGCUGUGACACAGUGGAAGGCUCCCCCUCAUCCGACACGUCGACUUCCCCUCGCGGCAACAGUACCUAUCGUUACCUUGACAACAGUAACCACAACAACCGCCCGUCUUUGGCUGCCGUAGUAGCGCCACUACCUUCGCCUACUGUGCAGGGCAGGAGCCCACGUGGCAUCAGGACAAUGGUAGUUCCACCAAUGAGAGUGCAGAAUAACAACACUCAGGGGAUAGAGGAGCGUGUCCAGAGAAACGUCUUAGAGUCCUGGUCCCGGUCCAAAGGGCGAUGCAGCUUCGUAGGACAACAGAGCACUCCCUCCUCCAUCCCCCUCCUCCCAUCUGCCCCCCUGCUGUCCCGACAGCAAAAGGUGACUGGGCAGCAGCACCCUCUGGGCUUUGGACAGGUGCAGCCGUACGCUUCAAACCAGAGCAGCAAAGAAUGGAACGGCAACUAUGGGCCUCUGCGGCCGCACGCCUACAUUCCCCCUACUGUCCACACGCACACCUUCAGCCCCACACACACCUCAGCCGCCCCCCACACUCUGCUGUCCUACCCCCCCAGCGGCCCACUCACCACCGCCCACCAUCCCCACCCCAUCCUGCCUUCUCGCCCACCUCCUCCCCCUCUCCUCCAGCAUGGCUACGGUCUUUCCCACCCCCAAGGAGGCGCUAUAGUUCACCAGGUGACCCUGAGCAUCAGCGCCCACCCUCACCACCCUGGACACCCCGCUCCCCACCCUCACAGGCUCCUCCCUUCCCCAACCAUCCACCCGCACCACCAGCCUGGAUACGCCGCCCACCCCCACCAGUUCAAGCCUCCCUUCCCUCCUCCACCGCCCCCUCCUCACCCUUACAUGGCCUCCCCAGCCGCCUACACAGGCUUCCCUCUGAGCCCCACCAAGCUCAGCCACCACCCCCAGUUCUCUUAUAUCUGAGGAGCAGGGCGGGGCCACAGCAGUACCUUCUGGUCAGGAAGGGCCACGGAAAGUGGACGGGGGCAUCAACCUGGGCCGGGAGAGCUAGCAGCAGAGCACAAAAUGGACGCAUGUAAUGAUGAAGAUGAGCAAGAAGAAGAUGGGAAGAUGGAAAACAACGUAUCAUAGCGGACCGAGUAAGAAAAAAGUAACAAUGCCGAAGAUGACAUUAAAGUUCGGAGGACAAAGAAAUUCCCAGCCUGUAAUCCCGAUUCAUUGAUUAUGUUUUGAUUGUCGGAGCAUCUUGAGCUCUGAAAGACUUUCCGUGAAAUCGACUAACGGAGGUAAUAAUAGAUUAGAACCACAAAGCUUUAAAGAGAGCGCAACGGGAGUGAAUGAAUUCAUAUGACAAUAAGGAAAUUUUAAUUAAGAAUGUGUCCUUUGCAUGUUACCUCCCAUCAGUGGUUGUUUUUCAGAGAGUAUGAUCUAAUUCACGGCUGGAAAUCAGUAGUUGUUGCUGUCAGGCGGCCCAGCCUCUCUCCCCCUUUAUCCUUAUUGCCUUGUAGCAUGUACAAGCCGGUCAGAUUGUGUUUGUUAAGCCAUCCCAGUGUGUAUCGACGACCGCUGAUAGCCCCCCACCCCCUCUUUGUUUCGGGCAGACUGUACUGCUGCCCUCUCUUAGUGCCUUAAAACGAGUGUCUCUGACGUUACUUCAGGAGCUUAUACAGUAGAUUGUACAUUUAAAUAGUCUUGCAGCACUUAACCUACAGAGUUUAAAUAAGAUGGGCUUAUUGGAUACAUAUGAGGUUAAUCCUUGUUUUUAUGUUAUAAUAUUGGCAAACGUUGGACUUGGGUUUGCUUUCUAAGUCAGAGUAUGGAUUUCUUUUAGCUAGAGGCUGCACACAUAGGGCUUUGACUGAAUGAGCUUUUUAUGUACAUAAAGAGUGAUUUGAUAUUUUGAUAAUCGUUUUCUAUUCACUAUAAUACUUAAUUCACAACAGUAUUGUCACUGUUUACUGUAACUGCAAUACAAUCUAGAUAGACUCUGGGUUGCUGUGUUUUUAUUAUUUGGCAUUUAGGCUAGACUUGCAUUAAUGCAUAUUACGUUCUAGAUUUUGGGAGUGGCAUAGACUUUAAAAAAACAUGAAUUUUUAUGUUUUUACUUUAAACUGCUUUUCAGUGUUUGAAAUAACCUAUCAACUUACAGUAUCAGUGCUGGGCUAUCGAGUAUUAGAGUUAUAAUCGUUUGAAAUUAUUCAUGUGAGGCAAACUUUUUUUUUUUCUUUUUUUUUUUUUGGUCCAUGUAUUGAAGCCUGUUGUCAGUUUUGAUACAUUCCUUCAGGGUGGAUGCAUAGCCUUGAUUUGUGUGUUUCUAGUGUUUUUCGACUUUCUUUUCCCCCCACCGUGUAGUAGAGCUGUGUCUUUACCCGUCAUAUCAGCUGGUAUUUUACUCCAAUCAGCACCAAAGACUGUUUGUUUUUAAUAAUUACUGAAGCAUGGUCGACGAUAUUUCUCUCCUUUUCACCUCCAGCAUACUUGUUGCGGUUGUCAACAUUGGAAUAUAUUGUGAGAUCUCUAUUUUGAGUGUUUCGGUUGAGGUUUUAUUAUUAUUAUUAUUUUCUGAGCUGUGUUUGGCAAAUUGUUUUUUGGAAUGUAUUAGAUAAUAAGCUGCUAUGUACUGAUUAUCUGCCACUUCGUAGCUGUGAAUUUCGAGGAUUAAUCUCAUUCUAGCCUGCAUUCUCGCUCUUGUAUUGUAGUUCUGACAGCUAGAUACAAUAGAAGUGGGGUUUAUUUUGAUCCUAGAGUAUAUUGAAUGCUACUCUAUAUGCUAGUGCCUCUGUAUAUUGGCUUUGUUGUUUUGAAGUGAUUGUAAACUGCUGUAAUGGAA